AAUUCUCCAGGAGACCAUAUUCCAGGAAAGGAGAAGAAAAGGAUUGUGAAGAUGAAGAGAAACAAGAGUAUAUCUCUUCUAUUUUUCAUAUUUGUCAUAAUGGCUGCCUUUACUAUGUUAGCCAUCAUUGUGGACGCAAGAAAGCAACACAGCAAGAAGAGCAAACCCAGUAAGCAUCUCAAAGGUUCAGCUAAUAUUCCAGGCCCAGCACCAGCCCCUCUUCCUCACCGUGUUUCAUAUCCUACCCAAUCGAGCUUUUUCAAUAUUUUGUCAUUUGGAGCCAAGGGUGAUGGAGUUUCUGAUGAUUCUAAGGCCCUUCUAUCUGCAUGGAAAGCUGCCUGUGAGGUCCCUGGAGCUACAGUAGAAAUCCCAGCAGAAUUCAAGUUCCUUGUCAAGCCCAUAACUCUUCAAGGUCCAUGUGUGCCUCACCUUGUUCUUCAGAUUGAUGGAACUCUCUUAGCUCCUCCAGAAGCGGGUUCAUGGCCUAAAUCCAGCCUGUUUCAAUGGCUUAACUUCAAGUGGGUGCAUGACUUCACUAUUCAAGGUACUGGCACUGUCAAUGGUCAAGGCUUCGAUUGGUGGAGUCCCUCUAGUGUCUAUUUUAUUCAGAAGAAAUCCAAGCACAUUCCUGAUAUGAGACCAACAGCUUUGAGAUUUUAUGCUAGCUAUAAUGUCACAGUUCGAGACAUUGAAAUUGUAAAUAGCCCACAAUGCCAUCUGAAAUUUGACAAUUCAAAGAGGAUCAAGGUUAACAAUAUAACCAUUUCAUCACCUGAGAAUAGCCCCAAUACCGAUGGAAUUCACCUGCAGAACACACAAGAUGUAGAAAUUCAGCAUUCUAGUAUUGGAUCUGGAGAUGACUGUAUAUCCAUACAAACUGGUUGCUCCAACAUCCAUGUUCAUCAUAUCAACUGUGGUCCAGGACAUGGUAUAAGUGUAGGAGGACUUGGGAAGGAUAAAAGUGUUGCAUGUGUCUCCAAUAUCAUUGUGGAGAAAGUCUCACUGCAAAAUACUCUAGCUGGAGCUAGAAUAAAGACAUGGCAGGGAGGGAUUGGAUUGGUGAAGAACAUAUCAUUUUCCAACAUCCAAGUAUCAAACGUCAAGUACCCCAUAAUAAUAGAUCAAUUCUAUUGUGACAAGCAUAUCUGCAAGAACCAAACAGAAGCUGUAGCAAUUUCUGGUGUUAGAUAUGAUCAAAUAAUUGGGAGUUACACAGUGCAACCUAUUUAUUUAGCUUGCAGCAGUAAUGUGCCAUGCAUAGAUGUUGAUCUGAUUAAUAUUCAGUUGAAACCCUCUCAAGGAUACACAAGUUUCAAGCAGGCUUUGUGUUGGAACUCUUAUGGGAAAUCGCAAGCACCCCUUGUUCCUUCAAGUAUAGAUUAUUGCUUAAGAAGGGAUGGUGGCUUUUUUAAGAGAACAUCAAGGUCUUCGCACGAGCAUGUGUGCUAG